AAAUAUAAUUAUUUAGCAGAGACUCGAACCUUUUCAAGUAGAGAUACAAACCAUAGUGGAGAUUCGAACCCUCUUAACAAAAAUUUAAAUCUCCAAUGCAGAAAAUUUUUUUAAAUAGAUGAGAUAUUUUGGUGAAAGGUUAAUCGUGUCAACAUAUUUAAAUUCAAUUCUAUUUAUCAUAUGAAGAUUUUUUAGGAUUUUAUUUUUAUUGUCGUAUAGAUAUAUGUUGGACAUGUGUCUAUAUCAUAAAAUUUAAUGUUACGCAAUAGAAAUAUAGAAUGUGACAAAGGUUAAGUACGAUGUCGUAUGCCGUCUUUUAAGAAGAACAUCGAGAACGUAAUUUCUAAGCUCUGAGGAGCAGCAUGCCUGAGAACGUAAAGAAAACCGGACCUUUGAUAGGUGCUAUUGAUGAAGGAACGAGCAGCGCUCGAUUUUUGGUAUUUGACGUGUUACGCAGGAAGGUAGUUGCUUUGCAUCAGAUUGAAAUCAAACAGAAAUAUCCUCAAGAAGGAUGGGUGGAACAGGACCCAAAGGAAAUAUUAAAAGCCGUUAUAGCAUGCAUAGAAGAGACAGUGAAAAAGAUGAAGGAUCUUGGCUUAACAGUUUCAGAUAUCAAAGCUAUUGGCAUUACUAAUCAAAGAGAAACAACACUGGUGUGGGAUAAAGAGACUGGGGAGCCUUUGCACAAUGCAAUUGUAUGGCACGAUAUGAGGACAACUACGACUUUAGAAAAUGUAUUGGAUAGUAUUCCUAACAAAACGAGAAAUAAGAAUUAUUUGAAACCUUUAUGUGGGCUACCAAUGUCUCCUUAUUUUAGUGCUCUUAAAAUACGCUGGUUAAUAGAUAACAUUCCACGUGUGAAACAAGCAGUAGAUGCAGAAAGGUGCGCCUUUGGAACGAUUGAUACAUGGCUUAUUUGGAACCUCACAAAGGGCCAACUGCACAUUACAGACGUGUCAAAUGCGUCGCGUACAAUGCUAAUGAAUAUCGAUACAUUAAAAUGGGAUCCUUUAUUAUGUCGAUUCUUUGGCAUUCCACAACACAUCCUUCCCGAGAUCCGAUCUAGUGCAGAGAUUUAUGGUUCCGUUUCGAAUCCUGAAGUUCUCACAGGCAUACCUAUAGCAGGUUGUGUGGGUGAUCAGCAGGGAGCUCUCCUUGGUCAGUUAUGUUUGAAACCUGGUCAAGCAAAAGCUACAUAUGGCACAGGAUGCUUCUUGCUUUAUAACACAGGAAAUACAAAAGUGGAUUCGACGCAGGGAUUGAUAACUACGGUUGGUUACAAGAUUGCACGAUCUCCAGCUGUUUAUGCACUAGAAGGAUCCGUUGCUGUUGCCGGAGCUGCUUUAUCCUGGCUGCGAGAUAAUAUGCAGCUUCUCAGCAAUAUCACGCAAACACAAGAUAUGGCAGAGCGUGUGAGGUCCUCUGGUGAUGUUUAUUUUGUACCGGCCUUCUCGGGAUUGUACGCACCCUACUGGCAACAAGAUGCGCGCGGAGUAAUCUGUGGUAUUACGGAAGAUACGCAACAAUACCAUAUCAUACGAGCAGCGUUAGAGGCGGUUUGUUUCCAAACAAGAGAUAUAUUAGAAGCAAUGAUAAAAGAUUCAGGAACAAAACUGACGACUCUUCAGGUUGAUGGUGGCAUGACUGUGAAUGAUUUGUUAAUGCAGUUACAAGCAGACUUAACGGGAAUAACGGUUGUGAGACCGAAUAUGAUAGAAACAACGGCAUUAGGUGCCGCCAUUCUAGCUGGCAUUGGUGCGGGUUUAAUUGAUAUAAAUGAUGUGGACGCAUCUCAAAUAACCAAAUUUUCACCUGUGAUUGGUGAAGAUGAGAGAGAUCUUCGAUAUUCCAAGUGGAAAAUGGCUGUCGAAAGAUCUAUGAAAUGGGAUUGUUCUACAAGUUUAAUAGAUAAUUAAAUCGUAUGUGCACAUAUAUUUUUGUAUUAUAAUAUAAUAUAAAUAUCUUUGGGAGA